GGGUAAUAAUAAUAAAACCCUGUCACUCACUCAUACCCCAAUUUUCAUUCCCGCUGAUUCCCUUCUCUCUCUUCUUUCUCUCUCUUCUCUCUCUCUCUCUCUCUCUCCUCUUGUGCUUCAGAUUCUCACUUCAAUAGUCAUAAACACACAUACACAGAAACAUUUUCUUAUUAAAUUAACCAUUACGAAUAUCUGCUAAUUCAAAAGUAGUAAUUGGGGGGCCUCAUGAAGAAGAAACCCUAACACCUGAACAAAAACCCUAAUUUGCUCAAUCUCCGUUUUAAUUUCGCCGCAGAAGCGUUGAAUUAUUAGGGUAUAUUCCUGGGUUUUGAAAAAUAAACAAAAAGAGGAAGAAUUGCUGCCGAAAAGUUUAUCCAUGGAAGGCAUUCCGCAUCCGAUACCGAGAACUGUUGAGGAAGUAUUCAACGAUUUUAAAGGGCGUAGAGCUGGCCUCAUCAAAGCUCUCACACAAGAUGUCGAGAAAUUUUAUCAGCAGUGUGAUCCUGAAAAAGAAAACCUCUGUCUUUAUGGGCUUCCAAAUGAGACAUGGGAAGUGAACUUGCCUGUUGAGGAGGUGCCUCCUGAACUGCCGGAACCAGCACUUGGAAUAAAUUUCGCUAGAGAUGGGAUGCAAGAAAAGGAUUGGUUAUCUCUUGUUGCAGUUCACAGUGACUCGUGGCUGCUCUCGGUUGCAUUCUACUUUGGUGCACGUUUUGGAUUUGGUAAAAGUGAAAGGAAGAGGCUUUUCCAGAUGAUUAAUGAUGUCCCAACCGUAUUCGAAGUUGUGACAGGUGCUGUUAAGCAGGCGAAGGAGCAGUCCGCCACUCCACACAACAACAGCAGCAAGAACAAAUCUAAUGCGAGAAUGACAUGUCGGGAUUCCAUGCCAAAAGGUGUAAAAGUAUCGGCACCAAAGGACGAGGAUGAGAGUGGAGAGGAGGAAGAGGAAGAAGACGAACAGGGAGCAGCAUUAUGUGGGGCGUGUGGAGAUAAUUACGCCACCGACGAGUUUUGGAUUUGCUGCGAUAUUUGUGAAAGAUGGUUCCAUGGCAAAUGUGUGAAGAUCACACCUGCAAAAGCCGAACAUAUCAAGCAUUACAAAUGCCCUAGUUGCAGUAACAAGAGGGCUAGAGUUUAAUCCCCACCGUGAUGGAGGAAAAAUCGAGGGAUCAAUAGCAAUCAUUAUUUUAGUCUUUAACUUGUGUCAUCAAAAUUAGAAUAUCUGCUGAUGGGAUCUCAAUUAUCUUUUGAACUCCUUUCUUAUAUUUGGUUUUCGUGUUUCUUUGAACAUCGUUUAGGGAUCUUUUAUGAGAAUAUUCUCUUCUUUUUUUUCGUGUUUCUUGAACUUAGUUAAAUGUUUUCUCUGCCGCAGCAGCUUUACUUGUAGUCUUGAAGAACUACAGCUAUUUUAGAUUACUAAUGAUAUAUGUAGCAAAGUGCAUCAAGUCUGCACAACUUUCUUGAGAGUAUGCUAUCGAAAUUUUUGUUGCUUCUUUA